UCACACCUCUACUGUGUGUACACUGGGCGCAUCCUCCGCCCCUUCUUCACCCUUCACCCCGCCGCGUCUCCACAGCACCGGGGCCUGCACCCUGCCUGUCCAGUGCCGGGGAUCUGCCUCCCCCGAGUCCUUCUCCUCCGGCACGUUCACACCUGACGGCAUCCUUCACCAUGAAUUUCCUAAGGGGAGUGAUGGGAGGUCAACAGAGCCCUGGGGUGCAGCCGUCUGGAGCCGACACUAUCCAAAAGCUUUGUGACAGAGUUGCUUCAUCGACCUUACUUGAUGACCGAAGAGAUGCCGUACGAGCCCUCAAAUCCUUGUCCAAGAAAUAUCGUCUUGAAGUGGGCACUCAGGCCAUGGACCAUCUGCUGAACGUAUUACAGACUGACCGUGCUGAUUCUGAAAUUAUUGGCUAUGCUCUGGAUACUCUAUACAACGUCAUAUCCAAUGAUGUGGAAGAGGCAGUUGAUCGAUUCCCUUCAUGGAGCCUCCUUCCCAGAGAUACAGCCGAAUCUGAAGAAGAGAACCAGCAAGUUCAGACGGAUGAUCUGGGAGUCCAGUUCACAGAAAUGUUCAUCAAACAGGAGAACGUCACAAUGAUACUGUCUAUUUUAGAGGAAUUUGAUUUCCAUGUACGUUGGCCGGGUGUAAAACUACUCACAAGUCUUAUGAAACAGCAGGGACCUCAAGUUCAGCAGAUUAUUUUGGUUAGCCCUAUGGGUGUUUCCAGGCUUAUGGAUUUGCUUGAUGACUCUAGAGAAGUUAUCCGUAACGACGGCCUUCUGUUACUACAGCAAUUGACAAAAAGCAAUGCCGCCAUACAGAAAAUUGUAGCUUUUGAAAAUGCUUUUGAGAGACUCCUUGACAUCAUAACUGAAGAAGGAAGCAGCGACGGUGGUAUUGUAGUUGAAGAUUGCCUCCUGCUGCUCCAAAAUCUCCUGAAGAAUAACAACUCCAAUCAAAACUUCUUUAAAGAGGGCUCCUACAUCCAGCGUAUGAAGCCAUGGUUUGAAGUGAGGGAUGACAACUCAGGCUGGUCUGCCCAGAAAGUAACAAAUCUUCAUUUGAUGCUGCAGCUUGUAAGGGUCCUGGUAUCUCCAGGGAAUCCUCCAGGGGCCACUAGCAGUUGCCAGAAGUUCAUGUAUCAGUGUGGUUUGCUGCAGCAGCUCUGCAUCAUCUUGAUGGCGACGGGGGUCCCUGCUGACAUUUUAACAGAAACCAUAAACACCGUCUCCGAGGUCAUCAGAGGCAGCCAAGUUAAUCAGGACUACUUUGCAUCUGUAAAUGCUCCAUCAAAUCCUCCAAGGCCUGCCAUUGUGGUGCUUCUUAUGUCCAUGGUGAAUGAAAGGCAGCCGUUUGUCCUGAGAUGUGCCGUUCUUUACUGUUUCCAGUGCUUCCUUUACAAGAACCAGAAGGGUCAAGGAGAAAUUGUAGCCACUCUCCUCCCUUCAACUAUUGACGCCACUUCACUGUCGGCCGGACAGCUACUCUGCGGAGGUCUCUUUUCCACAGAUUCUCUCUCAAACUGGUGUGCCGCCGUGGCCUUGGCUCAUGCAUUGUUAGAGAAUCCUACACAGAAAGAGCAAUUGCUCAGAGUCCAGCUGGCGACCAGUAUUGGCAAUCCACCGGUAUCUCUACUGCAGCAGUGUACCAACAUCUUGGCACAGGGUGAUAAGCUCAACAGACGGGGUAGUAAAGUGCAGACCAGAGUUGGACUGUUAAUGUUGCUGUGCACUUGGUUAACCAACUGUCCCAUUGCGGUUACACAUUUUCUACACAACGCAGCUAAUGUGCCUUUUCUCACAGCGCAGAUAUCGGAGAACCUUGGAGAAGAGGAGCAGCUUGUUCAGGGCUUGUGUGCCCUGCUCCUAGGAAUCUGCAUUUACUAUACCGAUAACUCGCUUGAAAACAAUACCAAAGAGAAGUUGAAGCAAUUGAUAGAAAAAAGAAUAGGGAAGGAAAUCUUUAUUGAAAAGCUGAGCUUCAUCACAAAGCAUGAAUUCUAUUCAAAGGCUGCUCAGAAACCCCAACCAAGUUUCUCCAGUCCUGACCACAUGAUGUUUGAUCACGAGUUCACCAAAUUAGUUAAGGAAUUAGAGGUGGUCAUUUCUAAAGCUAUCUACAAAUCGAGUGAAGAAGACAAGAAAGAAGAAGAGGAGAAAAAGUCCCUGGAGCAGCAUGAUAACAUUAUAUCUCACUACAAAAGUGUCAUCCGAGAGCAGGACAUACAACUGGAAGAAUUAAAACAAUCAGUCUCUUCUUUACAAGCUAAAAAUGAACAGUUCCAGACUACUAUCUCCCAGCAACUCGUGCAGAUUCAACAGCACAAAGAUCAGUACAAUCUUCUCAAGGUGCAACUAGGAAAAGAUAACCAGCAUCACAACACACAUAACAGCAAUGCACAGAUGAAUGGCUUUCAGUCUGAAGAGGUCAGCCGGUUAAAAGAGGAAAUAGAAGAAUUGAAGAAACAGCAAGAAUUACUGCAAGGAGAGCUUUCUGAAAAGAACACUUUUGUAGAAAACUUGAAGUACAGUCAAUCCGGCGGUCAGACAGAGCAAACCACUGGAGUGUCAGAGCAAGUCACAGAGCUCCAAAAGGAAAUGGAAACACUACGAUCCCAGCUCCAUGUUCAGUCUACAGAAAUCAACAGGCUACAGGCGGAAAGAAUGGAAUUGGUUCAAAAAGUAGAAGCCAGUGCUACAGUAUCUGCAUCAGGUGACAGUGCUACUGCUUCCUCCAAAAAUAAUGACCAGGAAGAAAAAAUAGCAAGUUUACUGCAGGAGAUCGGCUCUUUAAAGGAUGAACUUAAAGCACUAUCUGAGGAGAAGUCUUCUUUAAAGCAGGAGCUAGAUUCGGCUCACAGCACAGCAGCCAUUUUAAACGAUGAGAAAAUCAAACUAACGCAAGAGGUUUCUGAAUCCAAGAAGGAGCAAGAUGAUCUUUUGAUACUUUUGGCUGACCAAGACCAAAAAAUUCUCGGUCUGAAGAAUAAACUGAAAGAACUUGGUGAACAGGUGGAGGAUGAAGAUGAUUUGGAGUCUGGAGAUGCAGGUGAUGAAGAUGACCUGGAUGAGGAAGACAGCAUAGACGACGAUAUAUAGAGACAUUUAUUGGAAACGGAAGUCCUGAUUUAUUUUAUUUUAUUUUUUUCAGUAAAAAUACUCACUAUUAAUUCCCAUAAUUGAGCCCAUAGUAUGCAAUGUGAAGGUGAAAUCCAAAGGAAGUACAUAAUUUAGGUCCUAGAUCUGUUGCCAUAAACCUUCAAUAUAGUCCACAUACUUCCAAGCUUGGAAGUUUGGGCUUUUAUUGUUCUGCCAGUGUUAUAUGGCACCUUAUUCUCUCUGGUGCUCCUCCAUUCCCUUGCCAUGAGCAAAGCAUUGCUAUGCAGUGUCCAACGAUCCCCAGUCCUCUUGACUCUUCUAAAAGUUGCUGCUAUGGCCUCUUCACAGCAAACCCUGAUAAGAUUUCUAUCUUUAUAUAGAGAAUGGAAUUGGGGGGUUGGAUCGUUCUGUACCCCCGCUUUAACUCUAGAGUGUAGACCUGAAAAGUCUAGUGCCUUCACACCGGAAUCGGCUGCAGUCCACAGUGGUAAUAUCCUAUUUUAUGUAACCUGUGGAGGUAUCCGUAUUUGUAGUUCUGAUCCUUAUUUCUUUUAUUUGCAUCAAAAUUUAUUUUUUAAAUGGAGGGUGGAUUGCUUAAAACCUGGAUAGAUAUUGUCAAGCUUGUUGCCAUUUGGCCGUAGGUGUCUGAACCAGUAAAGUUAGAGUUCUAUAAUUUAUUGGCUUAAAGUCAGGCCAUAGAGAUUUAGCCACAGAACGAUGUUUUAAAGGAGUGAAAAUAUGAAUUACAUUAAUUUCAUGUUUUACAAAUAAAAUAAUGCAUUUCCUUA